CACAUAAUCAAUCUAACUCAAGCCCAGAUUUUUAACCCUAGAAAUUAGAAAACAUAUCGAAUUUCGAAUCCAAAAACCCUUUGAACCUACAUUUGCUCCACACGAUAACAGCAGCAGCAUCCUACUGAGCAUCAGCGAAGAGAUUGUUAAGAUAUUUGAAGAUGUAUACCUCAAUGAAGAAGAUCUCUAAGGAUAAGGAUGUUGAACCUACUGAAUUUGAGCAGAGUGUUGCCCAGGCGUUGUUUGACUUGGAGAACACACACCAAGAGCUCAAAAGUGACUUGAAGGAUCUGUACAUCAACUCAGCAAGCCAAAUUGAUGUUGCCAACAACAAAAAGGCAGUUGUGAUCCAUGUGCCAUAUAGAUUGACCAAACAAUUCCGCAAGAUUCACCCUAAACUUGUGAGAGAACUUGAGAAGAAGUUCAGUGGAAAGGAUGUAGUUUUCAUUGCCACCAGAAGGAUUGUGAGGCCACCAAAGAAAGGCUCUGCUGCUCAGAGACCUCGCUCGCGUACACUCACUGCUGUUCAUGAAGCCAUGCUUGAAGAUAUUGUCCAUCCUGCUGAAAUUGUUGGGAAACGCAUCAGACACAGGCUUGAUGGAUCUAAAAUCAUCAAGAUUUAUUUGGACCCAAAAGCUCGCAAUGACACUGAAUACAAAUUGGAGACAUUUGCUGGAGUAUACAGGAAGCUUUCUGGGAAAGAUGUUGUCUUUGAAUACCCGAUCACAGAAGCUUAGAUAUAUUUUUUUUUCUUAAGUAUCAUGUCAUAGUUUCAUUACUGGAAAUUGUUGAAAUUUUGACUAUUUAUGUGAAGCAAGGAACAAACUUUUUCCAAUUUACUUGCUUUUAAAGAAGUUUGAGACUGGCCUGCAUUUGGACAAAUUGUUAGUAGUUGCAGUUCUGGUAUUUGUUUUUCAAAUCUUGGUGUUUUUAUUGCUAUUAUUAGCUAUUUAUGAUAUUUAUUUUAAUUGUAUA